UAUUUAAUGAAUUAUUAUUCCAAAUAAUAAUUUGGACCUUUCAGGCAGUAUUUGUUCAGACCACCCCAUAAAACAUUUUUAAAAACAAGUGGCAUAGGUUUCUAUGAUCCAUUUUUUUCUUUACCGUUUAAAAGUUAUGGUCAUAUACAUGACUAUAAACUGUAUUGCUAUAGUUUUACAGUUCAUUAUCAUUUUUUUAACUUGCCAUUGCCAUGCUUUAACUGCUAUUUACAUGUUUUUGUUUUUUACAUUUAAGAAGAUUGUUUAAUGUUUCCAAUAAAAAACUUAAGGAAUUAUCAUGAAAAACAUAAAAUCAUACAAAAAAAAAAAAAACCUAAAGAAACACAUAUCGAUGGGUAGCAUAACUCUACAGAACACCGGUUUCCCCCGAGCACAGCUGAUUUACACAGCGUCUCUCUCGCUAACCGUAAUAAACACUGCUGGGAAACGUUCAGCUGCGCUGCCAUGGAGAACAAAACUCAACAAAACCCCAACAUUUAAUUAUUUACUCAGUAACGGGGAGUUUUCCAAUGUAGUGAAGUAAAUUACUUGUGUCAAAAUGUACUUGAGUAAAAAGAGUAAAAAUUACCUAUUUUAUAAACUACUUAAAAAAUUACAAAUUAAAAAAUAAAAUAUAAAAUCUACUCAAUUACAGUAAUUUGAAUAAAUGUAAUUCAUGACUUUCCUGAUAAUACACUAUACACACAUACACUACACGACUUUGAAAAGACUUUUAACAGACUAAAGUCUGACACCCUCUCACAUCUAAAGACAAGUCACAGACUUUUUACUAACAGGCUAAGAUUUUGCAAAGACUGGGGAUCACUAACUGCAAGACUGCAACUAGAUUCUUUCUGAGAUCAUUUUCCCAUCAUGCUUCUGGUGGAGUUUACAUGCAAUACAUAUUAAGUUAUCAUACAAAUAAUGUGCUUAUCAAUACUGUGAUUUAUCAGAGACUCACAACUUUUCUGCCCAUCAACAGUUUAUUUUUCUGCCACACUGUUAGUUCUUGAUAUUUUUAAAUAGAAUACAUUUCGUGUUCAACUAAGCUUUGUUAUAACCUUGUAUAGCAAAGAAUCACAGUUUCAGAAUCUCAGUUAUACAUUUGCCUUUGUUUUAGAUAGAAUUAAUGCAAUAAAGAACAUCAUUCUUGCAAAAUGUUUAUUUAUUAAAAUUGUUUGUAUCAAAAAUAACACUGCACAAUAAGACAAAGUAGUGCAAAAUAAAAUAACUUUAAAUAUAAUUAUUUUAAAGAACCAUAUAGGGCAUAUUAAAUGCAAAAUGUGUUCUUUUUCAAAUUGUUUGUAAACCACAUCACUAUUUACUUCACUAUUGUGUGAGCCGGAAUUAUGUGACAACAUGAGAUCCUAAUGCAUGGAUACGACUUAAUUAAGCGUGGGAACAAGAACCUAAUAUGUGGGAACGAGAUAAUUAAGGCAUGGGAACAAGAUCCUAAUGAGUGGCCCCUACUUAUUUAAGAAUGGGAACGAGAACCUAAUGCGCAGGAACGAGAUAACUAAGCCAUAGUAACAAGAUCCUAAUGCGUGGCCACGACUUAUUAAAGAGUGGGAAGGAGAUCCUAAUGCAUGGCCAUGACUUAGUAAAGCGUGAGAACGAGAACCUAAUGCGCAUACAUAUAUAUAUAUAAAAGUGUGCGUACCUCUGACAGCAAAACCUCAGAUCCGUGAUCGAUAAAGUUCCUUUUCUUCGCCAUUUUCCUAAUAAGAGUAUUGCAAGGCAUAUUUGACUAAUUAGCAUAUUAUAAUCUUCAUAAUGGAGGAAGGAGACAAGGCAGAGUAUUGUGUUCCUGCAUGUGCGCUUAAUUUGAAUUUGAUUGUGAUGUAUUACAAUAGUGUGGGUCAAAAUCUACUUAAAUACGGUUUCAUACAUCUGUUUUUUUUAGUGCAUAUAGAACUUUUCAUUUUCAUUUCAUUUUAUUAUUAAUUCCACACAACUCUUAGUUCAUGAGGCCCCAGGUCUGCUACAACUGGUCUAAAACAGAAAUGUAUAGUGCUAGAGACACAGACUUGAGUAAAAAUCUGAGUAGAAGUGUUCUAUCAAAAAAAGUGAUACUUAUCCCAUUUGGGGUCAGAGAGCAAGGGCAGACAUGGUACAAUGCCCCUGGAACAGCAGACAAUAUGGAUAUUAUAUUAAACCUGGGUAUCAAACCCAAAAGCUUGGUAUUGAUUAUCCAGCAUUUAAACUGCUAAGCCAACACUGCCCUAAAUGACCUAAAUGGUCAUAUGUGCCUGCAAAACUUUUUUUUUUUUGCAAGGGCAAUUUUUAAAACUGUACAGACAUAGAUAAUAUACAGAAGUAGAAUUAAAGACAAAUUCCCACUUAUAAUUUAAUUACAAGUAAACACAAAGCUAAUCUUAAAUAUCAAACAAAUAGCACAUUUAAUUCUGGUUCAUCUUGCUGAACCCCCUCUGUGCUGCAGCCCAGGUAAAGCAGGUGUAAUCUGAACCCCGGGUGAGGCGUCACCCCCCGUUCUCAGCGGGGGCUCGCUGCCAUCGGCACUCCAGCUGACCGACAGCCUCAUUCAGGUCCAAAAACGGCUGCCAUUCAGCGCAAUGAAAACGAUGAAAUGCCUCCAUUAUAAUGGUGAGGUGAAGGGCCCGGCAGGGCGGACACCCGAUCCCCUCUCCAUUGUCUCGUACAUUUCAUAUCUGAAAUAUCUGCCCACACUCCCUUCUGGUACACACUGACACUCACUCACAUGGGGCUCUGGGGCUCACUCUGGCUGAGCGGGAAUGGGGAACAAGCAGACCAUUUUCACUGCCCAGCAACUGGACGCAUAUCAGGACUGCACAUACUUUACCAGAAAAGAGAUUUUAAGACUGUUCCAUAGGUACCGCGAUUUGGCUCCUCAGCUGGUUCCACUGGACUACACCAACCAGCCAGAUGUGCGUUUGCCGUACGAGCUGAUUGGCAGCAUGCCGGAGCUGAAGGAUAAUCCUUUCAGACAGAGGAUUGCAGAGGUCUUUUCAGAAGACGGGGAAGGAAACAUGACGUUGGACGACUUCUUGGACAUGUUCUCAGUUCUGAGCGAAAUGGCACCCAGAGAUCUGAAAGCUUACUACGCCUUUAAAAUCUAUGACUUUAACAAUGACGACUUCAUCUGUAAGUCGGAUCUGGAGAAGACUCUGAACAAGCUGACGAGGAACGAGCUGACGGAGGACGAGGUGAGGAUGGUGUGUGAGAAGGUGAUGGAUGAAGCUGAUCUGGACAACGAUGGACGUCUCUCACUGGAGGACUUCCAGCACAUGAUAGUGAGAGCUCCUGACUUCCUCAGCACAUUCCACAUCAGAAUUUGAGCCUCUGAGGACCAAAACAGUUUAUGGGAACAAAAAUCAUCUUGGACUGGCUGGAUAUAGAGCAAAAACAGUAAGAAGGGUGUGGUCACCUAGGAUCAGUUUCCAGGUCUGGAAGUGUGCCUCUUCUUCCAUUUCUAAACUAUAAUGCUCUAUAUUAAGACUGAAGUUUAGUCCAAAAUUAGACAAGGCUCUGUCCCCUUAGAUUAUAAAGUAAACUCCUGACCAGCAUUUUAUUUAUUUAUUUAUUCUUUUCAUUUUAAGGAAUCACCAGCAGCAUUAUGUUUUUUUCCUAAGCAUAAUGCUAAACAAUGAACAAUACAUAACACUCAUAACUGCACUUUUUUUUUAAUUUACAGUUCAUUCAUUACCGUUGUCUUGUUUUCUUAUUUCAUUUUGAUUUCUGUUGGAUGAAAAUAUGAAUGUUUUCUGAAUUGUAAAAUGCUAGCACUGCCUUGUGUAAUAAAUGUGUUUUAAGGCCA